AUUCUUGCAGUCUAGUCCGAGUCCGUGAUGUCGAUGCCAUCGAGAGCAAGUUAACGGUUUCGUUGCCAGUUCUGAAGGUGCCGUCGACUCCUCGGUCGAUCUCCUCGAUCCUAUAAUCUCCAGAGAAUUUUUCAAAGUGUUCGCGCGACCGGCCACCGACCGGGCCGGGCCGGGCCGUGCUUCUCGCUUUCAGUUUUUCGUUUCCGCCGGUAGGAACAACAGGUGGGCACCGCGCGACCGACUCGACCGCGAGUCGAACGCAUUCCUCGUUCCUUUCGUACGCGACACACGUCGAAACUAUCAUCGGGAAACGAACGGAACAAAGCGAAUCGUGUUUUCGGUCGUCUGGUGCCUUUAACCGUGCCGCGAUACGUCUCCGUUUCCAGCCGACAGCGAGUUUCGUUGUCGGAACGCGGCAUGGCUACCACGAACUGGCUCUGAAAGAACUAUCGCAAAUAUGAGUGUCGUUCGGAUGGAGGUGCUGACGUUGCUGGCGGGCGCGAUGAUCGCCGCCGUGGCAGCGACCUCGAGCUGCCCUUGGGCGCAACAGGUGCCCGACCUCGAGAGCUCCUGCAUCUGCGACUACAACCUGGCCAAGGAGUUGUCGGUGCAGUGCGACAUCGUCGACUACGAACAGCUGGUGUCCGCCAUGCGACGAUACGCCGCGAAAAGUACCGUCGACUUGUUCUACGUGAACAACAGCACCGUCGGAACUCUGAAGAACGGCUCGUUCGCGGCGUUCAAAGUGAACAACGUGCAGCUAUCCGGCUGCGAGAUCAAGACCAUCGAGCCGAACGCGUUCGAGGGCCAAGAGAAUUCCUUGAAGAGCCUGAACCUGAAGGACAACGAGAUAUCGGAGGUUCCCAGCGAUAUGCUGAAAACCCUGCGGAAUCUGACGGCGCUGGACCUUUCGAUGAACAAGAUCGCGAGGGUGAACGACGACGCGUUCGCGGGCCUGAAAUUGCUCACGCUGAAAUUGAGCGACAACGAGGUCGCGCUCGCGCCUGCCGCGUUUCGCACCUUGGAGAGAUCGUUGAAGAAUCUGAAUCUGAAGGGCACCAGGCAGAAGAAAGUACCGGAAGCGCUCAGAGGCUUGAAGACCCUGGCCUUCCUCGAUCUGUCGCAGAACAGCAUUCGGGAGCUUCCCGGAUCCGCGGGGAUCGAGGCUUUCGAAGGGCUGGAAUCUCUGACCGGACUGAACCUCGAGAGAAACCUGAUCCAGAACAUCGGCUCGGACGCGUUUUUCGGAAUCAGGAAUACGCUGAGCUCGCUGAGCUUGUUGAACAAUCUUAUUCCAGACUUUCCCACCGCCGCUAUAAACAGCAUUCAAGAUCUUCGGGUACUAGACAUCGGAUUCAAUCUGAUAACGACAUUGCCGGUAAACGCUUUCCAAAAGAACCCGUCGAUAACGCUUCUGGCGAUCGAUGGUAAUCCGCUGUCGACCGUCCCCGAAGAAGCUCUGGCCCGAUUAAACAGGACUCUUCGAGGUCUCAGUUUGGGAGGUCGUUUUCUGGUUUGCGACUGCAAGCUGCGCUGGAUCGUCGACUGGAUAAAAACCAGAGAUUUGCAGGUUACCAGUCGAGAACGGAAACCUCAGUUCUGCGGAAGCCCGCAAAAGCUGCAGGACAAGAGCUUCUAUAACAUCGAUCCGGACGAAAUGACUUGCGAUCAAACGCCGGAAAUCAUCGGUAUCGGUACGGUGGAAAGCGUGGACACGAGAGAGCCGUCGGGUCCUGGAGCAACGGGGACCGGUUACGGUCCGCCUACUCGACCUUCGAUCGCCGUAUCGACGUCGGCGACGAGUACGACGACGACGACGACGACGACGACGACCACGACCACGGAGCUCGUACCCGCCGCCGCCGUCACCGCCGCCACCGAGGAGAAGAAAAUCGAAACAGCUUCCACGACGACCACUUCGCGAUCCAUCACCGGCAGACCAACGGUCGCGCGAACCGGCAACGUGGUAAUAAUGAGAACUUCCCCAGCCCCUCCUAAACACGUUCAGGACCAUUUGCAGCAGCAUCAGCCAAGGCCACCGUUGGUACUCGGCUCGCCCCUCUACAAGUCGAAGUCGAGCGAGAAGGAUAUCGUGGUGAAGGACGUGCUGAGACAGGACAACGCUGUGAACAUCUAUUGGGACACGGAAGCGACCAAUAUAUUGGGUUUCAAAAUUAUCUAUCGGGUGUUCGGCGAGAACAGCUUCAAACAAGCGCCGCCUCUGGAAGCCAGCGAAAGAGAAUUCAAGAUAAAGAACGUCCCGUCGCAGGAAUGCAUCGUGGUCUGCGUGGUGUCUCUGGAGGAAACGAAUAUAACUCCGGCGAACGUUCCCUACAACCAAUGUCGAGAAGUAAGGACAGAGAACUCUCCUACGUCCAACAUGGACAAGAUCACGAUCGCCGCCAGCGCAGCCAUAUGCGCUACGAUAGUGGUCGCUGUGAUAAUAUUCAUCGUGGCGAAUCGUCGAAGAGCCAGGAAACUGCACACGCUGCACAGCAUAGAUCAGACGAAAAUGGGUGGACCUAUCGCCGGAUUGCCGGUCAACUGUUGCUCGAACGUCGGUCCGACGCCCAGUCCUGGCGGGCCGUUGUCCUCGAUGGCGACGCUCAGCGCUUACAAUGCCCAGAAAGAGUGGGACCAAGUGUCCGCUUACAGCAACAGAAGCAUUCCGCGACCGAGAAUAUUUCCCAUAGACCGGCAAGGAUCGAUAACCAGAGCUUCUUGCAUCGACGACGUCAGAUCUCAAACAGGACAUUACAGCGGGAAAAUAUCGACGAGAUCCGUGGCCGACGGACAAUCGCAACACAGCUUCGCCAACGCUUCUACGAGAUACUUCGCGAACAACACUUUGUCGUCCAACCUUACCAACACCAGACCAGAACUGAGACAGUCUCGACAGUCCCUGGCAGCAGCAUCCGACAGAAUGUCGCGAACAAAUUUUUCGCCGAGUCACAUGCCGUCCCACACUUCGUCCAGAAGACAGAGACCGCGAUCCUGCAACCGCACUCUGGAGCAGAACCCGCCGCGACCGGGUAGCCGAUACAGCAUCGCGGACUCGACGCACACUCUCAACAAUUACGAAGAGAACAAUUGGACCGAUCACGACAUGGACAUAUACAUGGCGCGUAAUCCGACCACGAGAGGUGGCCUGAUGCCGCUGUAGCGCGACCCGCCGUGCGCGCAUACGCGUACAUAGUUUUGCUCAAACGUGUUCAGUGACAUUAUCACCGGCGGCUCGCGACCGCUAUUUAGCCUAGCCUAGGUGUAACCAGCGGCGUUAUAGUUUUAAAGAGAUUGCGCGAACAUCGCGUGGUAUAGCCUGAUCGUAGUUGGAUCGGUCCGACGAUAAACGUUCAAAGUCGACCGUCGAGAUAGAGCGAACUCGUAAAAUUACUUCGAGAGGCACGAGGCACGGCCACAGGCUGUUUCGAUAUUAUAUCUCACGGCCGUGAUACCUUCGGUUUCGGAGAUAUUUGUCUGAAAAUGCGACACCGACACCUUGAACAUUCGGCCUCGAAAGUUCAAAUUUCGAUCGAAUCGCGCGCUAUGGCGGCCGUGACGUAUACGUAUAUGUAUAUGUAUUUCUGACACCGUGCGUAUACAAUGUGAAAGUAUUCCUCGUGUCUCGUAGCAACCUUGACUUUUACCUUUUACGUCUUACGUCGUUCAAAUUUAAGUCGCGAACGUUCGGAAGCUCACCCACGACUAUGGAAAGCGUCGCGAUGCAAACGCGAUUUCCAUUAAUCGAUCGCUAUGAAAGUCGGAUUCUCUAAAACGAAGCGUCGCGUAGAUACAGAGACAUGAAACUUGGUUAACGCUUCGUCCACUUACCGAUAAUUAUUUAAUAGUCUUUUAUCAAUCAAAGCACAGUCGUUAAAAAAGCCCGUUAACAGACUUCCGAUAAUUAAAUUGUUCAUUUCCAUCGAAUCGGUAGAGAUACCGGUCGUCGAGUUAAAUAUCAUGUAGCAAACGACAAUUUGUAUAUUUUACGACGAGUGUCGCUUAAAAUCGUACACUGUAAUACUCGUAAGAUACGUAUCUGCAAAUUACUUUUAUUACGUAGUCGAUGCUAAAAUAAUUUACAUUUUUCUUCUUCUUCUAAUAUAUAAUAUAACCCGACCCUUUCUCCUAUUUUUAAAAAGUAAACGAAACGUGCUAUCAUUCGUCGAUGAGUUAUUAUACUUUGAUCGCGCGCGCGGUUAUCACGUAUCUUGUAUUUUUCCAGACUUUGUAAAUAACGAUUCAUCGAUCGCUAUGUUGCCAAAAAGUUCUUUGCAAAUAUAGUUCCAUUUUCGAACUCUUUUCUUUUGAUUAAAAACAUUAGGUAAACCGAAUUUUUUGAAAGAAAAAAGAAAAUCUAUUACAAUUAUUUUGAUAUCUAGAGACUAUGUUAAUGUUUCCAUCAUUUUUUCAUUUUAUUACACGCAUAGGACGUAUGUUCUAUUUACUAUUGUUUUUAAGGAAUUAUGGAAUAAUAUUACGUGGUAAGAAAAAUUGAUAAACAAACAUUUUUAGAGCAUUACGGUGUACCAUUUUAAGUUACACGCGCUGCAUGUAUAUUUAUAGAAAAAUCUGUAAAUAAAUCGAUUCUUAUCAUUUUGUUAUUAAUAUAUUCAAACUGUUACUUCAGAAUCCAUCUUUUAACCCUCGUACGUGGAAUGCAGGGUGAGUCAAAAUAACCCUGCAUUCGUUUCCCACGGCCAUCGAAAAUCAUUCGCCUUCCGAGGGUUAAAUAGUAAUUUAAUAGCAACACAAGUAAUUUACUGAAAUACGAACUUUACCUAAACUUGUGUCGGUAUCGCGCAACGGUAUCUUUUGGCGAAGAUUCGUCAAUGUCCAGUUGUAAGAAUUAAGGUGAUACUCCACGAGUUUACCGUAUGUAUUUUGUCUGCCAACUACGGCUACACGGUAUAGCGAAUAUUACCGUGUGAUAAUCGCGAUUAAGGUAGUUAAGCAGUAGUAAAGCAUUUGAAACGACGCGUUAGAAAUAUGUGUGCAUCGUGUGUGCUCGAAUCGAACGCUGAGAACUCGAUUGGCUCGGACAUACGAUCUCUAGAAGCAAUUUUACGUGUAAACUGUCAACGAGCCGGGAUCGAUGCGUACGAGCGAUGGAUGUGUUCGCGCGCGUAUCCAAAGACUGUAUCAUAUACAUAUAGAAGCCGUCUACAGAGAUCGAGCUUUUACGCGCAUGUUACAAAGAGAAAUGUACUUGUGUACAAAGUAUUUCGCGACAUGCGAUAUAUAUCUUGGUAAUGACAGAUUUUUCUUUUAACGGUAAAAAGUUUUUGUAUAUUUUUACACAGCGACUACUUUAUAAGUACAGUGUUCGAAUAAAUAAUUGAAAUCCAAUGCACGGCAA